AUGAUCAUUACUGGCGAUGAUUUGGUGGGAAUUCAGGAGCUCAAACAGUUUCUCAAUUGUCAGUUCAAGAUGAAGGAUCUUGGACCUCUCAGUUAUUUUCUUGGUCUUGAGAUAACUACAUCUACAGAUGGUUAUUAUCUUUCUCAGGCGAAAUACAUAUCUAAUCUUCUCUCGAUAUCAGGUCUUACUGACAGCAAGAGUGUUGAUACCCCUCUUAAGUGCAAUACAAGGCUUAAUCUAUAUGAUCGAGAAUCUCUUCGAGAUGGUACUUUGUAUCGCCAAUUGGUAGGUAGUUUGGUUUAUCUCACUGUCAUUCAUCCCGACGUCUCUCAUGGCCUCCACAUCAUUAGUCAGUUCAUGACUGCCCUUCGGUCCACUCAUUUUGUUGCUGUUCAUCGCAUCCUUCGUUAUCUCAAAGGCACUAUGUUUCAUGGACUACAUUUUUCUUCCCAAUCAUCGCUUAUUCUUCGUGCCUAUUCCGAUGCAGAUUGGGCAGGAGAUCCUAUAGAUCGUCGUUCCUCCACAGGCUAUUGUUUCUUUCUUGGUGAUUCACUUAUCUCUUGGCGCAGCAAGAAACAGACUGUGGUUGCAUGA